AUGUUUUUUGCAGAGCGAGCCAUCUCAUCUGCAGAGUGCAAGACACAGUAUGGAUUCUUCGCGUCGCCGCUAGCGACUCGUUCCGACUGCGGAAAGUACCGCAUGUGCGUGGAGGGGAAGGCCUUCGAAAUGGAGUGCGCAAUGGGCCUGGCCUUCAACCCCGAGACCGGCCGCUGCGACUGGCCCGACCUCGUGCCGAGCUGCAGUGCUGAAGAGUUCCUCGGCUUCAAGUGCCCGCCAGCGACCUACGAUGAGUUCGGAAAGGCUUACGUGGUGAACUUUAGCAUCCAGGGUAGCUGUCACUACUUCUUCUCGUGCAUGGAGGGCGUGGCGCGUCUGCUGGUGUGCGACCGCGGCUUCGCCUUCGACGCUUCCGUCAACCGCUGCGUCGACGCCACCAAGGUGCAGUGCCAGGAGGGAUGA